AUGCAGGUGCGAACGAUUCCUCCAUAUAUGAACACCAACAUUCUCAUGGGUUUCUCCAGCAAAGAAGUUCGUGGCCUGAUCUCCAUAUCAGUAAAGAAGGGAAAGGAGUCGAAGCCGGCAACGGAUCUCCGCGUGGACUUGCUCCAUCGCAAUUUUCUGAAAACGCUGGUCCAGUCGUUGCAUGCGUCGAAGCAAGCGAGAUCUUCUGAGGUCCGUCGGAACAAACGGUCUAACAAGGAAGAGGUGGACAACCGACCUGCCAAAAAGGUUGCUAAGCGAAGACUAAACGACGUCGUCGACGAUCAUGUCGUUAAACCAAUGAACUCUGUGCCUUCAGACCUCGACAACUCCCAAACCCGGGCAAGCCAAUAA